UUGAAAUCCCUUGUCCUCUUUUCUCACUGUUCCUUCUAGGCAGUGACCUCUUGAAGAGGUCACUAAACCCCUCACAUCUUUCUCUAUACUAGAUCCAGUGAUCCACCAUGCCCAGGCAGAUCUGUAGAGUGGUGGAGCUGGUGGUGCGCUCUGCUUGCUGCCAGGCCAUCAGACGUAGAACCUGUUUGCACAAGGCAGUAUUGGUCCCUAUGGCUCCGUCUGGCCUCUGUGCUACUGGGACUUCUAUUCUUUAUAGAAGGGCUUACAGCCUGGACUCCCCCUCUUCAGGUCCUGGUUGGCCCAUGCUUGGUUCAAGUUCACAGCAGCCCCAUACAGAUAGGACAUCCCACUCGUCUGCACGCACACACACAAACCUGUCUGCUGUGGCUGUACAGGGCCAGUGUCGGCCUCUGUGCCGGUAUGACUUCUUGGACCUUGGAGAUGUAGAGGAGAAUGUUCACCGUGCUCAGGCCUGCAAAACAAUGAGACACUUCAUUGUGGACCCAGAACUGGCAAAAGUAGUAGCACAGCACCUAGGACCCGAGGAUGCUAAAACUGUUAUCUUUGAAUGUAACCCAGGUCCUGGGGUGUUGACUAGGACACUGCUUAAUGCUGGCGCUCAGAGAGUUGUGGCUCUUGAAGGGGACAGGCCCUUCCUUAACGAUCUACAGGAGUUGGAAGGUCGUCUUGAUGGUCAGUUGGAAGUGGUCCACUGCGAUUACUUUAAACUAGACCCUAUUGGCAGUGGAAUUGUAAGACCCCCAGUCAUGUCUGCUGACAAACUGUUCACUGAUCUGGGAAUAUCAGAAUCUAGCUGGACUGAUGACAUCCCAGUGAAGGUGGUGGGUAUCAUGCCCCAGCGUAAUGAGCGCGGCACGCUGCUGAAGAUGAUUUACGCUUUGUUUCAACGGCUAAGUGUCUACAGAUAUGGAAGGAUAGAGCUCAACCUCUUCAUAAGCGAGAAGGAGUACCUGAAACUGGUGGCACGUCCGGGUCAAAUGAUGAACUACAGAGCCUUCGGUGUCCUCUGGCAGAUGGCCUGUGAUAUCGAACUCCUGCACAAGGUAGCGUACGGGGAAGGAUGCCAAUAACAUUUUGAUUAUGCA